AGCUGGGCUGGCUGGUCACUGCAGAGCUCUGGAGUCUGUGCCGGGGAGCCCUGGAAACUGACAGCGGAGGGAAAGGGCAGCGCCCGUCGCUGGGCAGGUGGAGACGGCUCGGGCGGGCGAAGUGCCCGGGGGCAGCAUGGUGCUGGCGUCCCGUCUGCCCCGGCACAGGCAGAGCCAUCGGGAGGCGCCGCUGGCUGGGGUCGAGGGGCCGCGUCGUCCCGCUUGCUAAGAGCUCCCGGGAUUUCGGUGACGGGCUGAGGCUCGGACACGGGCCAGGAUGGCGCAGGUGCUGCACAUGGAGUCUGGCUUCCCCGGGAAGCCCACCCCGACCUCCCCCACCGCCUUCGGGGCCCAGGAGCCGCAGCUGCCCUACUCGGUGGAGACGCCGUACGGCUACCGCCUCGACCUGGACUUCCUGAAGUACGUGGACGACAUCGAGAAAGGCAACACCAUCCGGCGGGUCCCGGUGCACCGGCGGCCCCGCUACGGCUCCCUGCCCCGCGGUGCCGGCUCCUGGUGGACGUCCACCGAGUCGCUGUGCUCCAACGCCAGCCUGGACAGCCGCCACUCCUCCUACUCCUACUGCGCCCCCGGCUUCUACCCCCAGUGCGGGACGGGCGCCUUCAACGCCCGCGUGGAGAAGACCCUGCUGGACGCCCGCAAGAAGCUGGAGGACCAGGCGGGCGAGCGGGCCGGGCCGGGGGGCUUGGGGAGCCUCUCGGGCUCCACCAGCUCCCUGGUGGGCGGGCAGCCCCCGGGCAGGCUGAACGGCUCGCAGGCCGGCUUCACCCCGCUGAGCUCGGGGCUGUCGACGCCCGUGUCCCCCAGCCCCGGGCACCUGCAGCACGUGCGGGAGCAGAUGGCCGUGGCGCUGCAGAAGCUGCGGCAGCUGGAGGAGCAGGUGAAGAUCAUCCCGGUGCUGCAGGUGAAGAUCUCGGUGCUCCAGGAGGAGAAGCGGCAGCUCAGCGUCCAGCUGAAGAGCCAGAAAUUCCUGGGCCACCCGGGCGGGUUUGGGAAGGGCAAAGGCAGGAGCGAGCUCUACAUCGAGAUCCCGGAGGAGGAGGGGGUCCCCUCGCCGCUGGGGGGCACGGAGGGCUCGGCCCCCCUGAGCCCCCCGCCGGCGGCAGAGCGGCGGGAGGUGAGGUCGGUGGGGGUGGGGACGUCGGAGCCGGGGGCCAGGCGGAGCGUGGGGGUGGGGGUGUGCGAGGAGGAGCUGGCACCGGAGGGGCAGCGCCAGGCUGAGCUCGCCCUGGCGGCCAAGGUGGCCGUGCUGGAGAAGCAGCUGCAGCAGGCGCUCCGGGAGCUGCAGGGGGCCCCGCCGGGCACGGCCGGGCAGGAGGGACGCCCCGGCUGGCAGCAGCAGGAGGUGCCCGUCAAGGCGGACACGGUCAAGGUGAUCCAGGUGCAGCGGGAGCCGGAGAUCGCCGCCAGCACCGCCACGGGCGUGGCCCACCGGCCGCAGCGGGCGCAGAGCCUGGAGACCAAGGAGCCGUACGGCAGCCUGCGGGCCCUGACGCUGGGGGAGCCGCCCCAGGCCGUGGUGGUGGAGACGGCCUUCCCCGUCCACGCCGCCGCGCCCCACGCCGCCCCCGUCCACGGCGUCAAGAAGAUCAGCAUCGCGGCCGAGCCCGGCGGGGGGGAGACGGGCCCGGGCGGCGGAGCCUCGCCAGCCUCGGCUCAGGGGGGCCUCAGAUCUGGCACGAAGAGGCAGGAGGAGGCCCCGGAGCUGGCGGGCAAGAAACGUCUCCAGUUUGUGGGUGUGAACGGCGGGUAUGAGUCCACCUCCUCGGGCUCCAGCACGGCCGAGAACUCCUCUGACAACGAGAGCACGGAGAGCGAAUACCAUGAGGCCAGUGAGGGGCUCCCUGCGGGGCAGACGGAGACCCCCAGGCCCCCGGCGCCGGCCCCCCAGAGAGUCCCUGCAGAGAGCGACAUGGUAACAGCAGGGGAACCCCCCAGAGCAGCACCAGGACACGACACUGGGACAGGACUCAGCCCGGAGCUGUUAGCGGCCUGUGAAACCCUGCAGAAGUACCUGGAGAGCCCGGCCAUGCUCAUGGACAAGGAGAUGAAGGCCGCCUACACCCUGGUGCUGCAGGACUGGCUGCAGCUGUCGUGCCACAGGGAGGCCGCCCCCGAGGCCGUGGGGGGGCGCCUGGCCGCGUACCGCGCCCUCUCGCCCCGCCUGCUGGAGUUCGUCCUCAACAUGGCGGACGGGAACGGGAACACGGCGCUGCACUACAGCGUCUCGCACUCCAACUUCCCCGUGGUCCAGCGCCUCCUGGAGACCGGCCUGUGCAACGUGGACAAGCAGAACAAGGCGGGCUACACGGCCAUCAUGCUGACGGCGCUGGCCGCCACCCGCGCCGCCGCCGACAUGGCCACCAUCCGGCAGCUGCUGCAGCUGGGGGACGUCAACGCCAAAGCCAGCCAGGCGGGGCAGACGGCGCUGAUGCUGGCCGUCAGUCACGGGCGUCAGGACAUGGUGCGGGCUCUGCUGGCCUGCGCGGCCGACGUGAACCUGCAGGACGCCGACGGCUCAACGGCCCUGAUGUGCGCCUGCGAACACGGCCACGCCGAGAUCGCCCGCCUGCUGCUGGCCACGCCCGCCUGCCACGUGGGCCUGGCCGACCACGACGGCAGCACGGCCCUGUCCAUCGCGCUGGAGGCCGGGCAGAACGACAUUGCCGUCAUGCUGUACGCCCACAUGAACUCCGCCAAGCCACCCUCCCCGGGGACCCCAAAGCCGCUGAAAGCCGAGGCCGCAGCAGCCGUCCUGCCCCCCGAGGCUCAGUAGCGGAGGAGGGACCUGCCGUGUCCCCUCGGCCCCCAUCCCCGGCAGCCCCGAAGACACCGAUCAAGAUGUGGGGGGAGGAAGAGGGUGGGUCUCGAGGGAACCCGUCCACCCCGAGCACUGAGACUCACGCAGGCCCGUCCCUCCUGUGGGCCGAGCCGAGCCACUGGAACCUCUGCCCCAGCCGGAGCCGGGGGCGGCUGCUGCUUGCUGCUGGGCGUUGGGGGCAGCACGGACGCGAGACGAAGGAAGCCGGAGACAAGCUCGGCGGCGGAAAUCUGGCAGCUGCGUUUUCUGUGUCUCCGCUGGCUUUGGUCCCACGGGGAAGGACCCACAACCACUGGGCCUGCCACGGCCAGGUUGAUAGGCUCCACUCCAGCAGCAGCUGCAUCGCCCUGGCCUGCCUCCGGCAGACACCGGAUUCCCAUCCGGGGCCAUUCCACACGUCAUGGAAAGUCACGCGAGCCGGGGGCUCCCCUCCCGUCCCCCCGUCUGGCUGGAGAUGGGGGGGGCUCUUUGCUGCAUUGUGGGUUCUCCGUCCAGCAUCAGGUGACAGACCCAGACUCCUCCUGUGUGUGACACCUUGGGCAAGUCACAGUCUGUCGCUCUGUGCCUCAGUUUCCCCUCUGGAUUUUUUUCCCCACUUAAAACAGCUCUCUCUACUCAGUGUUAUUUCUGUGAUGGAAGCAGCUGGGGCUCUGUUUCUAGAAUCGACUUUAAAGGGAGCAGGUUUUUAAAAAAAAACCCUUCCUAAAAAUGCCAGGCUGGGCAAUUUGGAUGGCUUCAUUACCCUACCUGGCCAGUAGGGGGCAGCACCUCCUCGCUCUAUGUACCUACCUAGCGCUAUAUCGCUUUUAACUGCAACGACAAAACGUUUUUCGAUACCAGCCCCUCCCCAGAGGCGUUGCUGGCCGGGCAGAGGCCGGGCAAGGCCUUGGCCCCGAGGUGUGUGGCCAGCGCUUUAAACAGCAAUUCCCAGCCGAGGCACCAGGCCGGUCUGUAGAUGAAUCGACGCCACGAACGCCCCGAAGGCGCGAGGUGAUUCACCGCCCGGCCGGGGCUGGGGCUCGGCGGGUGCAGGCGGGUGCAGGCGGGUGCCGCGGAGCAGGGCCCGGCUGGCUGCAGCGGUUUAGUUCCCACAGCUACACGCUGCCUUGGUACGAUCCAGGUGGGCUUUUAGGGUGACGUCUUCCCCCCCCCCCCCGAACAUUGGGGGCUCGGGGCAGAGCCGCGGUACAAACCUAUCUCUGUAGCUUCUGUUUGCUGCCUGACCCCCCCCGCCCCCACCCCCGGCGUGUUUAUUGCCCAGGGUAUCGGUCCC